CGACCGGAAAAGCUCAGUGCACUUCAGAACGGCUGUUCUCUGACGUCACCAAUCAGCCGAUAAGAAAUUAAUCGAACAUGACAUCAGUGAAGCAUCAGUUUCCUAAUAUCCAUAACUUUAGGGAGUUGCACGACAACCCCAGUCCGCUGCCAAGCGCCGUACGACCCGCUUGCUCCUCACGCCUUGCCAAAAUUCCGAUCGUAAUCUAACGCAACCAUGGAGACAAUGUUAAAUGAAACAAAGGAUAGUAACAUGAAAGUAGCAUCAAUGUAAAUUGGUCUUGAAAUAUUCUAAAAUGUUAUGGUGGAGACAACUGGAGUGUGCACAAGAGUAUGUGAUGAUGUUCGAAAGAGAAGAACAGAAUAACAAGUACACCGACAACACUACAAUCACUCUUACUCUCCCUACUAGAGACCCAGUGUUGCAAGAUAAUCUACUGAUCGCCAAUCUAGAUCAAGUUAAGACACUACAAGCGUCGCUCUUUCCCAUAUGCAAUAAAGGAACUUUCAUAUCGAGUUUUCUACAUAAUAAUAUUAAGACGAACCAGUUGGAAAUAAACACUGACAUAAAAACUUUUCGUACAACUGCUAAGCUAAAGGAGCCUCGUGAUUUAUUCGCGCUGCCCAAAGAGCUGGACUGCCCGCAACAAGCAGCACGAUGGCCGUCAGAAUGUCAAGUUGUUGAAGAAAGAAUACAACACUUGAUGUGGAGCCCUGCCAGCCCUGAACCAUACUACGUACCUACAGGAAAAGAACUGCGGCCCCAGCCAGUCGGAGAAGACGCGGGCACAGUGAUAUUUCAAUAUUAUCCUAUGAGUGCAGUUAAUUAUUUUAGUCGUUCUACAGUUGGCGGUUCAAGGUUGUUCUUGUCCGCCUGCACCAGUGCGAGCUGUGGCGAUGAGCUAAGAUUCGAAUCUAGAUUUGAAAGCGGCAACCUGGCUAAGGCGAUCCGUAUCACAUCCGCAUAUUAUGAAUUGCAUAUACGAACGGAUCUUUAUACAAACAGGCACAUGCAAUGGUUUUAUUUUCGAGUGACGAAUACAAAGAAACAAAUGAUGUACAGGUUUUCAAUCGUUAAUUUAUCCAAAGCUGAGAGUUUAUAUAACGAAGGUAUGCGACCUCUGUUGUACUCUACCAAAGAUGCUCAGCUACAUUCAAUUGGUUGGAGAAGAUGUGGCGACAACAUUGCUUAUUAUAAAAACGAUUCUACAUGCGAAGAAGAUGAACAAUUCCCAAGCUAUACAUUAACAUUCAACAUAGAGUUUCCACACACUGACGAUGCCGUUUACAUUGCUCACUGCUAUCCCUAUACGUACUCGGAUUUACAAGAAUACUUGUCCAGGCUACAAGCACAUCCCGUCAAGUCGACUUACUCAAAACUCAGGCUGCUCUGUCGAACAUUAGCUGGAAAUAAUGUCUACUACCUUACAAUCACAGCUCCACAGAAUACUAACGAAAUGGAACAAAAAAAAAAGAAGGCCGUGAUAAUAACAGCCAGAGUACACCCCGGCGAAACGCCAGCGUCAUGGAUGAUGAAAGGUUUCAUGGACUAUUUGACGGGCGAUACGAAUCAAGCACGCGAACUAAGGGAAAAAUUCAUUUUCAAAUUAGUGCCAAUGCUGAAUCCGGAUGGUGUAAUUGUCGGCAACAACCGUUGUUCGUUGACCGGAAAAGACCUGAAUAGGCAAUAUAGGACGGUGAUAAGAGAAACAUAUCCUCCGGUUUGGCAUACCAAAGUAAUGAUACGGAGAUUACAGGAAGAAUGUGGAGUGGCCAUGUAUGUAGACUUACACGCACAUUCACGAAAACACAACGUAUUUAUUUAUGGCUGUGAAAGCCGAAGAAAUUCGGAUAGAUAUUUGCAAGAACAGGUUUUUCCUUUGAUGCUACAUAAAAACGCAGCAGAUAAGUUUUCCUUCGAAAAUUGUAAAUUUCGUAUACAACGCAGCAAAGAAGGUACUGGCAGAGUCGUGGUUUGGAUGCUUGGAGUCUCCAACAGUUAUACAAUGGAAGCGUCAUUCGGCGGAACAGAAUUAGGAAGCAGAAUGUCAACGCAUUUUUCAGUUCAAGAUUACGAAAGUCUUGGACGGACUUUUUGUGAAACGCUAUUAGAUUUUUAUGACGAAGAUCCGAGUAAAGAACGAUUGAGGAAUAAAAUCGUUACCAGAUUACUAAAAGAAGGCUCGAAUGCUGACGAACCAACAAAUAUUGAACUUUCAGAUUAUUCGAGUGAUGAAGGAGAUACAUCUAGCAGCAGUUCAGAGGCUGGAGUCAGUAGAGAUAGAGUUGAAGCAAACCAAAUGGCACCACCUCCCUCGCCUUUGUUCCCUAGAGAAAUCAAAACUAAGUAUAAUAAACCAGUUAGACAACGCAUCAGGUUAGAGAAAUUAAAUAUAGACAAGAGAAGGACGAAACGAGAAACAAUGCAGGUAUCCAGAACUAUUGUUGAUCUUACGUCAGACGCAAUUACCGAUUGCUCAUCAGAUGAAUCUUUUGGAGAGAAAUUAAGCCCAGUGCGGAGAGUCCACAAAUUACUUUCAACUGCCAAAGUAAACCCAAAGAGAAAAAAGAAAAUGCCACCGGAACUAAAAAUAUUUCCUGUGCUGACAAGUGAUUCUCCAUAUAAUUCUGAUCGGGAAAAGAAAUCCUCGAAAUAUAGCCGGCCACGUAGUGUGUCCAUGUUUAAUGAUUCUACUGGGAAACCUAGGUUGAGUCCAGCAUCUUGGCAUCAAUUCAGACAUUUACCCCCACCUAAGUAUCUAUCAGAAAUAAAGAAUAAACACAAACAGCCAUCAGAGCUACAGGUAAAAUUGAAUUCUCUAAAGAAAAAUGUAUGGACUGGUGUACAGAGUGAUGACAAGGGACCAUUAUCAUGGGGGAUCUCAAGUUUUGCCAUGAACUCCUAUUUCACUGAUAGUGAAUCAUUACUUAGGUAAAUAAUUCAAAAAACUCUAACAUACUAUAUUAUGUGUUUAAUAGUAUAUUAAAUUACAUUGUAUUUAUCCAGAUCCUGUUCAAAAAAAUUAGAAGUACUGGAAAGUGAUUUAAAAAAACCGAAAGAUGAAAAGAAAAAGAAAAAAUCUAAGAUAAAAAAGGUUCAAACAAAAGUGCCAAAUAAUGAUGAUAUAACAGAAAGUAAGACUGUAAAAUGUAACAAGAAGAAAGGAAAAUUAAAACAUGCAAAGUCAGAAAGUCUACAUCACAUCAAUAAUACAAGUUUCACGGAUAUACCUAGAAUUACAAAUCCAACACAAAGCAAAAAUAUCAAAACAUUUAGAAAAAGUGUUUUUGUAGCAAGUGUUGUUCAAAAUAAGAAAACUAGCAAAGUCAAUUCUGUUCCAAUUUCAGAUAAUUCUGAUUCUGAUGAUUUAAUUGAUGCAAGAAAAAAAAUAAAGAAAAGAUCAAAAACCACAAAAAAUAAAUUACAAAAAGCAGCCACAGUAGUUAAAUUAUAA